AUGGCUAGUUCAUCUACAGGGUAUACAAGUUCAAUUACUUCAGGAUUUCAAAAUAUUAAUGUCAAUUUCAGAAACAGAAACAACCCCAUGGUUUUGUGUCGUUGUGGUGUUGAGGCUAGCUUCUCAAUUCCAUGGAUGGACAAGAAUCCUAGAAGAAAAUUUAGGGGAUGCACUAAUUACAAGGAUCCUUCCAGGUAUUGUAAGUUCUUCAUGUGGCUGGACCCACCUUUUCCUAGUGAAGAUUACAAAAACCUGAUGUACCAAAUGCAUUUAGCUCUGGUUGGUAUGGCUAAUGGCAAUGCUCGGUUGGAACAAGUGAAUGUGGAUCAAAAUAGGAGGUUGAUGUUGAUGAUGAAGCUUAUGUUCAUCAUGGUCAUGCUAUUUGCAGUGAUGUUGGUGAAAUCGUAUUAG